UGGCUGCCAUCAGGAGCUUACGAAGGAUUGAAUCGAGCUUUGCCAACUAAACAGCUCACCAGGAUACACUCUCAUUCGAUUAUGAGUACUUGCUGGACUUCUUAAGAAGUUGUAUCACUGAUCAGUCUCGUUGCGCAACAUGAAAAAGAUAUUUACGCCCAUUCUGAGUCUAUGGGAAGGAUUAGUUGGGAUUUCUUGGUGGCCUAGUUGCGUCUUCGAGGGGUUCAAAAAACGGAAGUCGAAGUAAAGUCAAUGUACACACAACUACGCCACAAUGCCGAGUCUGUGUUCAUUUCCUACACAAGCAGUAGAUGGAGACUCGUCUGGGACCAGAUUCACCGCUUCAAACAGCAUUUACACCAGAACGGUCUUAUCCUCGGCUCUAGACAUGACAACGAUUUAUUCUACCACAUUCCAGCUCUGGAGGAUGGGUUGAAAACCUCCUGCCAUAUUCGCGAACUCCUCGAACAUUCAGGAUACCCGACACACCACCACCGGAUCUUUAUGGGAGAAUUCUUCCCCCGGCAUCUGCCAAGACUGCUCCAUAGAGAUGUCUGGGAAAGAAUCACAGAAUCACCACCAGACAGCUGGUUAAUUAAAACACCAUUUCAAUCUGAGCACCUGCGUCGCCGGAUUGUAGUACUCAUCGUAUAAUUUAUGCGGCAGAUUUUGGCGGAAAAGGGCAUUGGUUUCGGCUCACCCAUCCCCACGAAGCCACCAACCGGGUGCCGCGCGACCGUGUUCUCAUCGGCGGUCUAGUCCGGCUGAAAGAAAGCUUAUCCAGGCUU